AUGGCACUGCUCGUGGUUUACUCACUCCUGUGCCUUUCCUGCUGGGCCUGCUUCUACUUUAUCGUGUGUUAUGUCAACGGCUCCAGGAGCUAUGAGUGGAACUGCCGCCUCGUCACCCUGGUACAUGGCAUCCUUGCAGUCUGCAUCACAGGAUAUAUAGGCUAUGUGGAUGGACCCUGGCCUUUCACCUAUCCAGGUACCAAGAACACCCCUCUGCAGAUAAGUGCCAUGGUGGUGAGCCUGGGCUACUUUAUCUUCGACAUGGCCUGGUGUGUGUACUUCCGCACAGAGGGACCCGUUAUGCUGGCCCACCACACCAUGAGCAUCCUGGGAAUCCUGCUGACCCUGUGGCUGGGGGAGUCUGGCAUCGAGUCGUGUGCGGUCCUCUUCGGCAGUGAAAUCACGAACCCACUCCUGCAGGCACGCUGGUUCCUCAAACAGACGGGACAUUACAGGUCGCAGCUGGGGAACGCCGUGGACGUCCUGUUCGUGCUGCUCUUUGUGGUGAUGCGCAUCUUCGUGGGAGGCACAAUGCUGUACUGUGAGCUGAUCUCCCCGAGACCCAGAUUCUUCAUCAAGUGCGGGGGAGUGGCCAUGUACGCUCUCUCCUGGGUGUUCAUGGUGGACAUUGUUCGAUUCGCCAGAAGAAAAAGCAAGAGCUGGCACCAGCAGCAGAGAGAGCAGCCGGAGACAGUCGCAGCUAAUGGGCAUGAAGGGAAGAUGGACUGA